AUGGCGGGUGGUGCUGCUAUCAACGUCUUCAAGUUCAACACGGGCGGCUUGCCCAAGGAGACACUCAAUUUCAAGUUAUGGUUCGCCGUCUUUGCAUUUGGUCUUAUGGGUGCCGCCCGUGGUGUUGACGAAGGUCUCAUCACGGGUGUCUUCAAUUCCCACGCUUUCAAGAAGUCCGUCGGUAUCGACGACCUCGACAAAGAUGACCUCGCUAGUGUCAAGGGUACUAUUUCCUCCAUGGUUCAGCUCGGCAGUGUCGCCGGUGCUCUUCUUGCUUUCAUCGUUUGUGAUCGUAUCGGUCGUGUUUGGGCUACUCGCCAACUCUGCGUUCUUUGGAUUCUUGGAAUCGCCAUCUUUAUUGGAAACAACGGCAACAUGGCUGCCGUCUACGCUGGUCGCUUUAUUGCUGGUCUUGGUAUUGGACAGACUUGCGUCGUCGGUCCUAUUUAUCUCUCUGAAAUUUCCCCCGCUCCCAUCCGUGGUCUCUGUACUUGUAUGUUUACUGGUGCUGUAUACCUUGGUAUCAUGAUUGCCUACUUUGCCAACUGGGGUACUCAGAUUCACAUGGCGGACACCUUCAAUCGCUGGGCCGUCCCUACAUCCCUCCACCUAAUCUGGAGUCCCCCCCGUUUCUACAUUAAACAGGGUAAACGCGAGAAAGCCCUCGAGGUCCUCUGCAAGCUCCGUGGCCUACCCGCCCACCACCCAUACGUCCUGAACGAGAUCUCCGAAAUGGACGUCGCCUUCCAGGAAGAGAUGGAGGCCACGCUCGGCAUGGGCUGGAAGGGUCUAUUCAAGGAGAUCCUGGGCAUCAAACGCAACGCAUACCGUCUAUUCCUCACCAACCUGGCUCAGAACAUGGCCUGCUGGUCCGGUGGCUCCGCCAUUACGGUGUACGCGCCUGAUCUGUUCACUCUCGUCGGGAUCACUGGCCAAGAGCAGUCCCUUUUCUCGACCGUCGUCUUUGGUGUCGUGAAAUUCGUCGCCGCCAUCAUCUGCGCUCUCUUCCUGGUCGAUAUGGCCGGUCGUAAGCGCUCUCUCAUCAUUGGUAUUGUCAUCCAAACCGUUGCCAUGUUCUACAUUGCCAUCUUCCUCAACCUCGUCCCCAUCGCCGAAAACCCAGACUUCGUCCCCAGCGAGACGCAGAAUCGUGCAUCGACUGCCGCCAUCGCUUUUAUCUACAUCUCUGGUGUUGGUUGGGCGCUUGGUUGGAACAGUGGCCAGUACCUGUUGUCCUCGGAGCUGUUCCCUCUUCGGAUUCGUGGUAUCUGUUCGUCCAUUACUAUGGCCAUGCACUUUAUCUGUCAGUAUGCUGUCAACCGUGUCCUGCCUGAGAUGCUGCUCGAGGAUACGGGUCUCGGCCCUCAUGGGACAUUCUACUUCUUUGGUGUUAUUUCCAUUGUUGGUGGUAUCUGGGUUUGGCUCUUUGUGCCAGAGGCCGCUGGUCGCAGUCUCGAGACUAUCGACAAGAUGUUCGACCUUCCUUGGUACAAGAUUGGUCUGUACGGAAGGAAGUUUGCUGAGGAGUACGAUCGUGAACAGGAGGCGAUUUACCGCGACGAGAAGAGGGAUGCGGGAAUUGUUGUCUCCCACAACGAGACUGCGUAG